AUGGAAAUGUUACAGGAAACGAAAGAUGCAACAAAUGAAAGAAAGUUCAUAAAAUCUCAGGUGGAGAAACGUCGCAGGGAGAGGAUGAACCACAGUCUGGAGUGUCUGAGGAUCUUGUUGCUUCAGGAGCCACCACAACCGGGUGGGACUCAGCACAGAGUGGAGAAAGCUGAGAUACUCGAGCGAACAGUCCUCUUUCUGCAGAACACUGCCAAAGGAGACAAGACGAGAGCUGGCGGAGGCCAGAAACACUCCUUCCAAGACGGCUUCUCCACCUGCCUGCAGACAGCUGAACAGUUCCUGGGACCUGAGGGGAAUGGCCUGGGGCUUGGUGCAGCACUGGAUGCAUCUCUUGCCACUCGAUUUUCCCAUUCAGACUCCAACUCUGCAGCUGUUCAAAACAGAACGGAAGCUCAUUCCUCCUCCAGCUCUCUGCCACACACAAAGUCCAUUCUUCACAUGCUGAGCCAAAAGUCCAAGCGCGGACGGCACAAUCCAGCCUUCAGUGUUGCUCAUCCUCAGAGACUUAAUCAGCUUGAGAUAAGACAAGUAAGCAAGCAAAGCCAGUCCAAGCUCCAGUCCCAGAGCCAGUCCCAAAGCCAGUCCCAGAGCAGUCCGGUCAGCCAGACUUUAUGGAGGCCCUGGCCCUGAUCACCACAGAGACCUCUGAAAUUGAA